AUGUACCGACCUGACCAACGUCGGUCAUGCUGCCCUCACUACACCAUACGCCUCGAUUCUAGCAAGUUCAAGCCGUCAAGGGAUCAGCGGCAGACCAUCAACAGAUUCAACAAAUAUGUCAUGGGAGAAACCUACAUGAAAGAGGCUGCCCACUUGUACCCCAAGUCGCGCGAACAAGCCAAGAAACGAGAUAACCAAUUUGAGUUGAUAGAAAGAAUUCAUGAGGCUGAAGAUGCUAACUUGAAGAACACCCCGGAGGCUGCGCAUAAACUUGUUGUUACUCUGGAACCUGACAAUUUCACUGAAGAGAAGUUUUCUGUUUACCAGAAUUAUCAACAGGUAGUGCACAAGGACACUCCGAGUGAAAUAACCAAGAGUGGCUUCAAACGUUUUCUUUGCGACUCGCCCUUGAGGAGAGAGACGAUGGCAUUGCCGGACGGGCGGAAACGUCGCCUGGGCUCAUAUCACCACUGCUAUAGGUUGGACGGCAAGCUGGUUGCCAUCGGAGUUCUUGACCUCUUACCAGAGUGUGUAAGCUCAGUUUACUUUCUUUAUGACGAGAGUAUACAUCAACACGCGCCAGGUAAGCUUGGUGCAUUAUAUGAGAUUGCUCUGGCCAUCGAAGAGGGCUAUGGAUGGUGGUAUCCAGGCUUCUACAUCCACAGCUGUCCAAAGAUGCGUUAUAAGAUUGAUUACUCACCUCAGUUUGUUCUUGACCCCGACUCAUUGGCUUGGGAUCCCUUGGAUCGAGGAAUGCUGGAUCUGCUCGACAAGAAGCCUUUUGUUAGCCUUUCACUGGAGAAGAAGAACGCUUCGGGCGAAGGCAAUCAUGUUCAUUCAACUUCCGAUAAGGAUGUGAAAACCAGCGAGGAAUCUGAGGACAAAGGGUCUGACUCUUUUGAAGAGGACGGCAGCUGGCUGUUUACUUCUGGGAUGCCUGGUAUUCCUCCGGUAUCGUCGGCGGCGACAUGGGAUAUGGAUCAUAUUGCCUUGAAAAUUGCCCCCGUUGGUCCGCUGUAUGAAACGUCAGAUCUUGUUAGCUGGGAUGAGCGUGGUGUUGAAGAGCAUCCGGGACUAAAGGCUGCAGUUGCCGAACUCGUUGCUGCGACUGGACCCGACUUGAUGGAUCGAAUUUGUCUAGACUUUGUACCACGACGAUAA